GCACUAGAAACUAGACUAAACAUUCUUGGUAAUAUGUUGUGUUUUUGCAGUGUAGUUAAAUAACCACAGCAUAAAGCGUCUCAAACUGAGGAGAGAAGGUUACCUGAAUUUAAAACCUCUGAUUGCCAUGAAGAGAAACCCUAAAUAUACCACACCUAAUCUGCUUAGGGGGCUUGUGGUAGGAGUUAGCCUUUGUCCUGGUGGAAAACACACACACACACACACACACACACACACACACACACACUGACAAUGAUAAGGAGUCAGAGAGCAGCUUAGCCUGGACGGUGCUGCCUGGUUUCAGACGCGAUCUGUCCUGCUGGAAGCAUGAACCGCUCCAGCCUCCUGAAACUCAACAGCCUGGGGAAGCUGUGCGGCUCCGGCAACAGCAGCGACAUGGUGAUCCUGGACCGGGUCAAGAGGAAGAACUCGGUCAGGCGCAUGUCCAUCAUCGAGGACGGGCAGCUGGCCGAGGUCCUCUACCUCAUCCCCAAGCAGUGCAUGAUGGAGCAGCUGCCCUUCAUCAACCCGGACGACUACAUCGUCUGCGAGAAGCUGGCUGGGAUUCCUGCAGAGGUCUCAGUGCUGCACGCCCUGGACGGCUGCCAGCCGGGUCUUCCGGCAGGAAAACAACAAAUCCAGUGCUUCAGAUGUGGAGCGCUGUGCAAAGGAGAGGCGCUGCGAGUGCAGAGCAGCUACUUCCACCUGAAGUGUUUCACAUGCAAGGUGUAG